GCCACUGAUGACCACAGCAGCGGGUCUUCAUGGUCCUCCUCGACGGACAGAUCGAGUGACCGCUCAUUGGGGAAGGCAGCUGCUGAUGGAGUCCCCAUCAUCGUCGAUUCGCCUAUAGUUUGUGUUCUAACAUCCUCCCGACUCACGUUUCGUGUCGUUCGAACAUCCUUGUCGUUGCGUGCGUCAUACGACGGCCUCUUGCCGACAAGGACUUCGGUGCCAAACCCGAGGCUUCUCUACGCGCGGUCAACGCUAAGAGCUGACCAAACCUGCUGCGUAAGGAGGGGCACAAUCGAUGUAGUUUCUCCGGCCAACAUCAGUUGUAACGUGUAUGACAUGUUGCGUGGUCAGUUCUCCCAUGUGGAGACGUCUGAUCACUAACGCCGUCGGUGGACAGCCAAGCGGCAACUAGGCUGUUGUCAACCUGCGACAGCUGACAUGCCACACUUCCGUCCCGCAUUUACGAUCAGUCAGAAGUAACGAUGGAUGCUUCCAGAAGGGCUUUAUGUGGAAGACUCACAUCUUCCUCUCUACGUUGUGGCAUCCGAAUACCGCGGAAAGUGCCUUCCCCGGCCUUGCGAACGACUGUUGGCAGCCCCACGCGAGUCUUCACUUCGGGGUGUACGUAUACCUGGACCCUUGAGUGGCGUCGCGGUGUUCAUUAUCACUCCAGCUCGCCUCAGGCAUGCACGCGUUCAAAACAUUCCAUUCGAAGCCAAAACCGAAGAUGUGCACCACGGUGGGAAGUAGCUCAUGGCAGUAACACAGCAGCCCCUGUCCGACAGCGACCACAAGUGUUCCGCGUCUUCGGCCACUCGUUGCAUUUGUACUUCAUGCGACAGAUGCCGAUAGAACUAUUUGUCCAGUCGGUUGCAAGAUGUAAGCAUACGGCGCGGCAAAACGGGGAGUCAGAGAAUGACACAGACAGAAGUCAAGACCGUCAAGCCCAGUUCAGCUCCUCGGGCACUGCCAGGAAUCCACCUUCCUCCGCCUUGAUUGACAGUGACACCCAUGCAAGCGUUCCUGAAGCUUCUCUCACACCGCUGAUAGGUGCGUCCGCCCUUGGAAUUAACUCUCACCAGACUGGUUUCUGCGCUAACUCUGGCGCUGCCGCCUCGACAGUUUCCUCCGGUGCUUGCGGCUCUCAGUCGGCUGUCGCUGCCACAAACUCAGAGACAUUCGCUAUUCAGGGCCGUGUGAGCAGUUCCGGUGCUGAGGCUGUGAAACAAAGAACUGAGGUUGAGACUUUUAGAGAAGGCUCUAGCGACGGUCCAGCGACGGCCAACCUGUUGGCACAGUCAGGCAGAGCAAAGGCACUUGAUGACACACACAUUCGUUCCGCUCUGCUGUCGGGGUCGGCUCGCGAUAGCAGUCCCGUCGAUUCUAGGGUGUCGCUCUCCCCAUCGCUUCGCUCCGUUCCUCCGCUUUCUUCUUCUCUCUCUUGGGGUUCGGCUUCACCGGGCGUCCCGCACGACAGCUUGUCUCGACCUUCGUCAUCCCCAUCUGCUCGCAGUCCACGUCCAGGCUCUUUUCUCUCGUCGUUCUUCCCUUCGGCGGCCUCUCCCCCCCUCUUUGUUUCUCCCUCGCUCUCCGUUUUGUCUCCUGCCCUCCUCCACUCUGCCGGUCUCACUUUGCUUUCCAGUGUGACUGCGUUGACGCCAGAAACUUUGCGGCAACCGUUGGCUGCGGCUUGCCAUGCUGCAGGGAUUCCGACUGUUUUUUCUCCGGCAGCAAGUUCAGGCGUGCCGCAGCAAGCAGGACAGCCACGUACAUCGUUGUCAGACGCGGUUGCAGGGAGCUUCUCUGCCUCGCUUCUUCGUCUCAGUGAGGAAGUAGGGAAAAUGCAUCUUUCGUCAUCGUCUUUCGCUCGAGGCCAAGACACGCAGAAGGAGUCCACGAAGCGAAGACGCGAAGAAAGUGAACAAAGAGGCUGUUUCGGGACGAGCCCAAGAGGUCACGGAAAACGUGGCGAGAAAGACUUUCAUCUCGCGCUCCUUGAGCUAGUGGCUUGCCGUUUGUGGAGCGCACUCGAAGCGGAGAGCGAACCACUAAGGCGAGCGCUACAACACUCUGUUACGGCCCUUCUGGUGAAGCCCCUCGAGUGGCAUGCGUUCCACCCUGAGCUCUACAGAGCCCGGCGCAAACGACAGGCCCAAGAACAAGAAGAGAGACCCUAUCGUCAAGCGACAAGUAGCCCGUCCGCCUUUCAGGCGUCCCUGUACGUCCCGCCGCCUGUCUCCGCGUCUGCGUUGGCAAGUGGUCUCGCGCCUGUGGAACUUAAGGCAAGGCCCGUGGCUUCUUCUGUGUUUGCCAGCGAGCCGUCUGCUGCCGAUGCAGACGGCAUACUCGCAAAGGGUCUAGGCCCCCUGCUGUGUUCGACCUCUCCAGGAGAGACCUUGACCUCUGGAGACACGGCAAGACUGCCGUCACCUCUUUUCGGAGAAAGCCUCUUUCCAGCCGAAGGAAACGAAAGGAUUCUCGACGUUUUAUCCAAGCGACUGGCACAGCACGAGCGUUUGAUUGAGACUCAGAUGUGUCGCAUUCAGGAGCUCGAGGGACAGCUCCUUUCGUUGACACAAGUGCGGUCAGAUACGCAAAAGGGUUCCGACUCCAGGUCUGCGCCGGCCCCCGUUGCGUCGGCUUCAGCGUCUGGGAAAUCGACUUCAUCUCGCUCGCCUUGUGACUCAUCUCCUCACGACUCUUCCCUUCGUUCGGCCUUUCCGUCGUCUUCCCCCUACGCGGUUUCUCCCCUUCCUUCGUCCACUUCUGUGUCCCGCGACGCGGUUGCUUCCUCACUUGGAGAGGCUCUUAAGGCAAGGGAGGGAAGGGAGACUGUCCUCCGCGAGCGCUCCCUCCCCUCGACGCCCUUGUGGCGUUUCGUUGCUUUUUUCUCUAUCCUUGUCCAACUCAUGUCUGCUGCUUCUGUGCCGGCCGCUCGCAAUUCUGUCCAGCGACUGAGACUUUGGUUCUCUAAGAAGUGGAACAAGGGGAGGGUGGCUGCCGACGCCCGCUCGCGACAUACGUCAAGCGCCCCCAGGGAAGGGCCUGCGCCCCCUGCUAAAGAUUGCUGCGAUAUCCACGUCGCUGCCGUAGUGAGAAGAGGAACUCGAAACGUCAUGCCCCAUGAAAAAGAGAUAGACGGAGACGAUGCACAAAGCACAGAGGGCCGAACAGGUGAACAGAAGGCGGGCCUUGGAUCGCCCCACCCGGCGUCUGUCUCUUCCGAAGGCAGGGAUGGGGAGGGGGCGAACCACGACGGAAAGUGGAGAACUGGAGCACAACAGAAGACUUCUCGUGGAAAGGAGGUGAGAGAAAUUCCUGAUGGAACCGCAGACAGUGACCAUCCUUCUUUCUCUCGAGCGGCAAGACACGGUGGACAGCAGCAAACACCUGUGGGUGUCAGUGGAGUCGGCGUCAUCGACCAGAUUCUUAACGAUGAGAGGGUUGCGGCUCUUCUUACCGACCGAAUGUGUCGCAUGCGAGGCGCAGCUUUGAAGCUCAUGCAAAUGGUCAGCAUGAUUGAGGGUUCGCUGCCUCCCGUUCUGACGGAAGCACUAAAGAAAACGAGGGACAAUGCAGAUAUUAUGCCCGAGAAGCAACUGCUCCAAACGCUCCGGGAAGAACUAGGCACCAACUGGCAAGGUCACUUUGCUGCCUUUUCCCUACGUCCCUUCGCUGCGGCAUCUAUAGGACAGGUUCACCGCGCGAUCCUCCGUGAUGGCCAAGAGGUGGCGGUCAAAGUUCAGUUUCCAGGCGUCGCGACGUCGAUUGCCUCGGAUUUGAGGAACCUGAAAGCGUUGGUCCAGUGGACGCACAUGCUUCCUCGUUCUCUCUUCCUCGACGUUCUCUGCGAUGAAAUGAAACAGGAGCUGCUGGCGGAGUGCGACUACAACAACGAGUUGGCCUUCUACAGGCACUUCAGAGAGCUCCUGCACCGCGACUUCGGGCGUGCCUUCUACGUUCCUCGUGUCUUUCCUGCAUACUCCACCAAGAGAGUCCUCGUAACAGAGUUCGUUCGCGGGCUUUCUCUGGAGCAAGUCGGCCAGCAAAUGCCGCAGCACGUGAGAAACAGCAUUUCUGAAAGACUUGUUCGCCUGGUCCUCGCCGAGAUCUUCCUCUAUCGCCUUCUCAACACCGACCCCAAUCCGUCGAACUUCUUCUAUAUCCCCGAGGCGGAUUCUGUCGCGCUUAUCGACUUUGGCGCAGGACGAACUUACGACCCUCUAUUCAUCGACAAAUACUUGCAGUUGCUUCAUGCGGCAGUUGAGGAGCGGGUAGAGGUUGUAAGACGCCUGGCGGGUGAGCUCGGCUUCUUCGGCAGCAGCUCGUCCACGGAGUUUCUGCAUGCACAGGGCAACGUCUUCCUCGCUUUCGCUCUCUGUUUCCGACCCCCAAAGGCAGGCGAAAGUGCCAUGUAUUCUUUCGAAGACUCCGAGGUCUUUUCGCUUCUUCACAAGGAAAUGCAAAACGUUAUGAAGAACAGAGAAAAGCCGCCUCCGCCAGAAAUCUACUCUCUUCACCGGAAGAUCGCAGGCUGCUUUCUGCUAUGCGCGAAGCUUCGAGGCCGCGUCGACACUUCGAAAGUGUUUGCGGAGACAGUGGCGGCUUACAGGGCCCCGGACGGAGGACCGUUCCGCCCAGCCGAGUCCCUCGACUUCGAGAAGGCCUGAUUGUUCCGUCGUCUCCAUUCUGUUCACCCCGUUCCAUGGCCUCAUUCUCUCAGCUUUCUCUGUCUCCUCCCUACCCGCCGUCUUUUGUGCAACGCGUGAUCGUCUUCGCACGCAUGUUUCGAUGUUGUUGUCUCCGGCGUUCUCCCCUCGUGUCGGACCCUUGGUCUCUCUUGCUGGUGUGGCCCGGCACGGACCUGCGGUCGGACGUUUGUGUUUUCUGUUCAGUCGCUUGUUUCCUUCCUACCCUUCCCCUUUCCUCUGCACUUCUUUUUUGCCGCACUUUCGUUUUUUUUUCUCUUCCUGCUUCUUUGCUUUGACUGUCUCACAUCGUGCAGCUCUCUUGCACUUUCUCCCAUGUUUUUCUCGUGUCCUGCAACUUCAUCUCCGUGUGGUUCCCUUGCUCUCGACUGCCUCGUCUCCCUUGCUUCCUCUCUUCAAGAACAUUUUUCGCUUCCGUUUCUCAGUACCAUCUGGCAGAAAACUCAUUAAUAGAAACCUCGUACAAACCCACUCAUUUCGUGACACUGUGAGGAAUGCCGCGCCUCAUAAUUCGCUUGCCAAUUCAAACCGCCACGGCCCCGACUCGGCUCACCACUGGAUUGCCUUUCUUCCUCCAUCUGGGUAGAUUGGUGUACAUUUUUCUGUUUUUUCCAACGUCAAAGGCGAGCCCCAGUUGAUCUGGAACUUCAGUCAUUGGUUCCGAGACGAGUGUACCACGUUUGCUUCUUGACCGCACAUGCCGUUUAAUGUGCACUCUCGGUAUCAAAAAAAAGAGAGCAGGGCGACAGUCGCUGUGGAACCUCCCCACGUUUUGGAAUACCCAGCAGCAAGACCCAGUGACUAAUCAGUAGCCUCACAAUUUAAACCAUCUGGGACUUGAUAAAGGGUACACUCUUCGUGCACACGCAUGCUCCUAUGAUGAUCACGACUCCUAUUCUUGCAGGAACGAAAAUCCUCAACACCUCUAAGUACUGCACAUGCAGCUCGCUAUCAACCGCCAGAUCUACCAACAGGUGUCUCCCCGGCAAAUAGGGCAGCCACCGUGGUGGAUGAACCUGACCUCGAUUCAUCCAUUCUCG